GGAUUGGAUGAAUUCCGUAAAGGUAACAUUGAUUUAUUAGGUAAAAGGAGUAUAGACAGUCACAGAUUGAGGACAAUGAAAGGUGAAGCACUUGAAAAUCUUAACUAUGUGAAAGAUAAAACAUAUGUUGAGACCCGUGCCCUUUAUGAAGGUUUGAAGAUACUGAAGAAUCAUCAAAUCCUAGGAAUAGUAGGGGCGGCUGGUGAUGGUAAAACUGUGCUAUCAAUGAUGAUAGCCAAACAAUUCAUUGAAGAACGUCCGGAAUAUAAACCAUUGUUGAUUAAUGAUUUGGAUGAUUUAAAAGAAGUGAGCUUUGAAGAUGAUAAGUAUCUUUAUAUCAUCGAUGACAUGUAUGGUAAAUAUAAUAAAUUACAGGCACGUAUUGAUAAAUGGCCUGCUCAUUUUGGCACUCUUCGGGUUAAUAAAGAAAGGGGCAAAUUAGUUAUUAUUUAUGUAAUGAGAGAUUAUAUUUACCUUUCUUCUAAAUAUCAAUUAGAGAAUUAUGAUUUAUUUGUGGAACAUGUUGAAAAAACAAAUAAAAUAUUUCUUCAUAAAGGCGAAUUCUCUUUAAACACUAAAGAAAGGGGACAAUUUUUAGAUUUUUAUGAAAUAUCAUCUAAUAAGAUAAUUUCCAAAAUUACUGACUGUUUCGGUUUUCCAUCGAUUGCCAGUUUGUGUAGCAAAUUAACGACUGAUAAAUUACCGGCGAUUUUUGAUAGUUCGCAUGAAUUUCUUAUUUUAGAAUUAGAAACGUUUUGGAACGAAAAUAAAUAUAUAUAUGCUACACUAGCACUAGUAUUUUGUUUACAUACUGUUUCAGAGAAAGACCUUAAACAAAAUUGUCCCGCGAGAGUUAAGUCUCUUAUUUCGACCGUCACUAAAGAAAUAUGCCCAGAAUUUAAAUUGAAUGGCGCUAAGCGUAAUCUCAAUGAACUUUCAGAUACAUUCCUCAAACAUUAUAUGAACAUAUUUUCAUUGCGAGACUUUGUUGGGGUGCCAUUUUUACACCACCUUUCCGUUGAAUGCAUGGAAAUGGCUUUACAAUACUGUUCUUUUGAACUUUUGAUGUCAGUGGUUAGAACAAAUCACCAAGUAGAUCGGUGUAUUAAAAUACAUGACGAUUAUUUCGACGAGCUUUCAAUGCGCUUUUUAAAAGAAUUACAUAAGAAUUCUGAUAUAAUCAGCCAUCCUGCUUUCAUUGACUGUGCAUUUUUAUCACAUUUUCUUGGUAGGAAUGAUAUAGCCAAUUUGUUGCACAAUACCAAAUUUAUCAAUUUGGGAAAUAUUCGUGAAGUACAGGAAAGUGGCAAUUUUCUUCAUUACAUUACACUUCAUGGAGACAUGAGAUGUCUCGAAGCAGCACUCUUUUAUUUUCAUGAUCAGCUACCCCAAUUAGUUGAGGAAAAAACGGAUAUGGGGUGGGAUAUAAUCGGCCUUGCUGCUGUUUCGGUUCAUGACCCUAUCAAAAAAAUGAAUCUUUUAAAUGAAAAGGAAAUUGGAGACUUAUCGGCAUUACCACAUUUAGUGGUUUACUCAGAUAAAUUUGACAUUGUUAACCAUGUCAGUAAUUUCACAAACUUCGACAAAAGCAAGCGUGAUAAUAAGUCAAGAACAAUUCUUCACAAUGCGUGUGAUUCAAAGCACGACAAUCAUCAAAUAAUCAAUUUUCUGAUAGACAGGGCGUUUGAUGUAAAUGCUAGAGAUGACAGUGGUAGUACACCACUACAUCUGGCUGUUGCGCGAGGCAAAAAAGAGACUGUGUCUAUUUUAAUAAGUCAAGACGCGGAGGUUAAUGCCAAAGAUGAUAUGGGCAGGUUACCUAUUCAUAUUGUUUGCAGCUCUUAUGGCGGUAGAACUGAUGUCGAUGUAACCCAGAUUCUAAAUCAGUUAAUCGAAGCUGGGUCAUUUUUACAUAAGGCUGAUAAACUCAAUCGAAUUCCUUUAUUAGAAAUAAUAGCUAAUGAUGACAUAAAGUGUUUUGAAAUACUAAUAAACAAGAUGACAUCUUUUGAUCCCAAGUAUACCCAGACCAUAAUUGGUGAAGCAACAAAGUUACAGGAUAACUCCAUGUUAACAACUAUCUUAGAUCGUAUAUUGCCAUAUGGAACAGAUAGCAAUCUUUUUAAUAAAAGUAUUUUAUUCAUAUGUUGUGAAUCUGUUGAUAAGAUGAGAAUUUUAAACAAUAAAGGUAUGGAUUUUAAUGUAGUAGAUGAAAAUAACCGUAGUAUUCUACACCAUAGCUGUAGACGUGGUUCUAUUGACACGGUUCAUUAUUUAGUGAAUGAAAUAGGAUUAAACAUAAAUCAAAAAGACAAGACUGGUUGGACUCCUGUAUGUUAUUCUGUGAUGUCGGAUAUUGAUCCUAUUAAAAAACUCGAGUUCUUGUUGUCCAGGGGGUGUAGUUUACAGGUUUGGAUGAUGACAACUGUAGUUUACUUCACAUUAGUUGUGGAUAUGGUGAACUUGAAACUGUUGAAUAUCUAG